CCCCGGGACGAGCGCCGCAGCCUGGGCCAUGGGCGAGCACCCCAGCCCCGGCCCCGCAGUGGCCGCCUGCGCUGAGGCGGAGCGCAUCGAGGAGCUGGAGCCCGAGGCCGAGGAGCGACUGCCGGCCGCGCCAGAAGACUUUGACCCUGGGAGCACCGGCUACAUCAGCACAGGAAAAUUCCGGAGCCUCCUGGAGAGCCACAGCUCUAAGCUGGACCCACACAAGAAGGAGGUGCUCCUGGCUCUCGCAGACAGCCAUGCAGACGGGCAGAUCUGCUACCAGGACUUUGUCAACUUGAUGAGCAACAAACGUUCCAACAGCUUCCGCCAGGCCAUCCUUCAGGGCAACCGCAGGCUGAGCAGCAAGGUCCUGCUGGAGGAGAAGGGGCUGAGCCUCUCACAGCGGCUCAUCCGACACGUUGCCUACGAGACCCUGCCCAGGGAGAUUGACCGCAAGUGGUACUACGACAGCUACACCUGCUGCCCUCCGCCCUGGUUCAUGAUCACGGUCACGCUGCUGGAGGUUGCUCUUUUCCUGUACAACGGGGUGCUCCUGGAUCAGUUUGUGCUGCAGGUGACCCACCCUCGGUACCUGAAGAACUCGCUGGUGUACCACCCGCAGCUCCGCGCACAGGCUUGGCGUUAUCUGACAUACAUCUUCAUGCACGCAGGGGUAGAACAGCUGGGACUCAAUGUGGCGCUGCAGCUGCUGGUAGGAGUACCCCUGGAGAUGGUGCAUGGAGCCACCCGGAUUGGGCUUGUCUAUGUGGCCGGCGUUGUGGCAGGCUCCUUGGCUGUGUCUGUGGCUGACAUGACUGCACCUGUUGUGGGCUCUUCCGGAGGGGUGUAUGCGCUGGUCUCUGCCCACCUAGCCAACAUUGUCAUGAACUGGUCAGGCAUGAAGUGCCAAUUUAAGCUGCUGCGGAUGGCCGUGGCCCUGAUCUGUAUGAGUAUGGAGUUCGGGAGGGCUGUGUGGCUCCGCUUCCACCCAUCAGCUUACCCCCCUUGCCCCCACCCAAGCUUCGUGGCACAUUUGGGUGGCGUGGCCGUGGGCAUCACCCUUGGUGUGGUUGUUCUAAGAAACUAUGAGCAGAGGCUGCAGGACCAGUCGCUGUGGUGGAUCUUCGUGACCAUGUACACCGUCUUCGUGCUGUUUGCUGUCUUCUGGAACGUUUUUGCCUACACACUACUGGACUUGAAGCUGCCACCACCCCCGUAAGGGGCUGGGGGACCAAGGCAGAGAGGGGAGGAGCCAGAAGCAGAAAUACCUCCGUCUGUUUCUCAUCACUGAACUGGAGAGAACCAGAGAUUCUUUAAGCUGGGAUAUAUGUGUUUCCAUUCGGGAGGAUGAUGGGGGGGGGAUGGAUGUGGCUGUUGUCAUUUUCCUAGGCUGGUCUGAUGAUGUGUCGUCAGGGGGAAGGUCUGGGGUAGGGUGAGAGUGGCUGUCCCCGUGGCUUGGGCCUGUGCCAUGUGUUCCCCUCUCACCGCCACAGCAUGAGCAGAUUGCGCUCUUCCUUGUCUUCUACCUGGAGAAAUGCUGGCACAUAGAGAAGUCCUGAGGGUAAGGCACAGCCAGGCAGGCCUUCCCCACCCCAGAGGUCACUUUAGGCUAGGUCAUGUUCUCUCUGCUGCUCAAGGUCUGGUGCUCUGGUGGUGGACAUGUUGGCUUUAAUCUGGGGGAGCCCAGAGCACCCCAGGCUAAGGUCCCAUUAGUGGGUGCUGUGGCAUGUCCCCCUAGGGCUGGUCAGGGAGAUGCUAUAAGCUUCAGGCCUUAUUCUUG